GUCAACACGUCAAAACUGUGGUUAAGUUAUGUAUGUUUAGUUUCCUGAUGUUUGUUUUCUGAUUUUAAUUUAAUUAUUUCUAUAUUGUUUACCGUAGUUGCCUUGGGGGGUUGGGGGGGAUUGUCGUUUUACGUGUAAUUUAGAUGAUACGCCUACACUCAUCAUUGUUCUAUUGUGUAGUUGGUUGUUGCUGUUACUUUCUUUUUGCAUCUUAAUUUUUCUGUGCGAAAUGUUUCAAUAAUAGUUGUGCAAUAGUCGAAAUACCUAGGUAUAAUUCCAUGGAAAUCGAUGAUCCGCUUGAUUUAAUUGUUGCAAACAUGUUGUCCAAGCUGGAAUUAUGACCACUACCUUAAGUUCUGGAAUAUUGAUGAAUAAAUUUGGCAAAUAUGAAGUACGAUAUUGUUUUUAAGUGAUACAAUAAAUCUAUAAUGUUUGCUCGCUGUUUGGCAAUAGCUGCAAUUCCUGUUUCAUACAGGGACCUUUACAGCAAAUGUUCAAACAAUGAUGAACCCAUUCACAUUGAUGUUUACAAAUCACUAUUGUCGCAAUGUAAUUUGGACAAUACCCAGCUUAAAAUAAUUUGGGAUUUGGUUGGUCCUCAGCGACAAACGCAAAAUGCUGUUAAUCGAACAAACUUUUAUAAAACGUUGGCACUUAUUGCAUGGGCACAACAAGGCAAACAAAUUUCUGAGAAGUUAUUCGAUAGCUUUACAGGGGAUGAGUAUCCUACUCCGAAACUUGCCGAUUUGACCCCGGUAUUGAAAGUAAAAGAAAACAUGUUCAUUGAACCGAGGCCAUUGACAAUUGAAAACUAUCAAAAACUUAUUGAAAUUGAUUUAAUUGUUGUUCAACUCGUGCCGGAGAAAAAAGGAUUGUUUUUGAAAUACUCUGAGUAUCUCGUUGCAUCGAAGCGAUUUGGCUCAAAAGUUACAAGAAGAUAUAACGAUUUUGUCGCGUUGCAUGAGGUAUUACUGAACCGAUUCCCUUAUAGAUUAGUCCCAAGUCUUCCGCCAAAAAAAAUUAUCAUGAACGAUAGCCAAUUUCUCCUAGAAAGAACGCGUGGCUUGCAGAGAUGGCUUACUCUUGUAUGCAGGCAUCCUAUCAUAUGCCACGAUAGCAUCCUGGCCUUUUUUUUAACAGACGAAGGCUCGGAUGUCCAAAAUCGGAUUAGAAACACUUUCCGAAAAGUGCCAGAUGAGUUUAUGACUUCGGACCUAUCGGCCACUGCAAAGGAAUGGUUACCAGCUGAUAAUGGGCAAAUCGCUGUAAGCCGUGAAAAUAUCCGAAGCUUAGUCAACAUUGUCGGAAGAUUGAAACAAAACGCAGAGUCUCUCGUGACUCAAUCUCAAGAAUCGGCAAUUAAUAUCGAAGACAUAUCCACACAACUGAAGAACAUGAGUGUUAUGAAUGUGGGAUCUAGUCAGAACUUUAUCGAAAAUUGGAGCAAUGUACAGCGGUGUUUUGAUGGAAUGUCUAAAGAUCUUCAUGGAAUUUCGCAAACAUGUCAAACCAGAGCUGAUUUUGAGCAAAGAACAGUCUGCGAAAAAUUGGGUGUACUCUAUGAUAUUUUGGUGGCGCAUAUGGAAUUGUGUGAACGCUUGGAAAGAGGUUUGGCCCACGAUCACCAAGUGGCUUUGUCGAAAUUGCUGACUUUGAAGAAGAAGAAAUUGCAAGGAGCAAUCAGAGGGAUCGAUUCCGAGAGUGUCGAAAAACUCGAAUCUAAAAUGUUAGCUCAGGAAAACAUCAUAUCUAGCAUCGACCUCAGAACCGAUUUUAGCUUGUACUGUGUGCACAUGGAAACUCAGUUAGUGUUUGCCUAUUUGGGAACUAUGCCCUCGAUUCUUGCUAGUUUUGUUGACUUGAAGACCAAGACCCAUUUUGAGCUCUUGGACCUUUGGAGGAACCUACAAUCUCAAUAUUCCAUUUUGGAGGGGAAUAAAUCAAAUGGCAAGGGAUAUAAAAAGUAAUAAUUGUGGCCUUAACAAGCCAGCCCUUUGGUUUGGGCCAAAACUCCUUUACGUCUUCCAUCUUGUCGAAUCUGGUGAUACUUUAAUAUAACAAAAACAUUCCAUUCUAUGUUAACUAAUAGAAAAUAAUUUUCGUCUCAAAACAAAUACAAUGUUAAGUCUCCUAGUUGUAAAUGUUUUAGUUAGAAUUUUAAUCUAUAUUGUUCAGUUAAUUCAGCUGUGGCUUUAGUUUUUUUGACAAAAAUAGUGAUUUUACGUGGAAAUACCACCUACAAAACCGUAAAAAAUUGUCUCACUUAAAAAGCCAGUCUUCAUUUAGAGAUUUUGUGGCGGGAUAGUUACCUAUAUAUGAUAUUGUAAAUACCAGGAAAUUGUUGAUAUUGUAAAUCAGAUUUGUAUAUUUUAUUAAUGUUGAAAAUAGUUUUAAUAUUUAAUAAAAUGAAAAUUACAGAGUGGG